GCUUGCCUAGAUUAAGGUACUUUUAAGUGAUGGUUGGGAAAUGCUUGGUUUGACACCCUCAUUUGAUUUGAUAGAAUCAAGAACAGCCUCGCCCAAUUGGAUUUUUAUUUUUUGUUUCUUUCAGUUGACCAAACCUCAUAUGAACCAGGUUAGUGCCUGAGUUUGUUUAGGUCACAGACAAUGCAAACAGCUACAGAGUUACCUGAGCUUAACGGAGUUAGUCAUAGGAGCAUGUUAGCAACGCACAGGGCUGGGCUUAGUGACUUUGUAUGGGGAAAGCCAGCAACCACUGAGAAAAUGCUGCUGUUGUUCAAGCAGAGCAAUAUCUUAGUAACCAUACUGUGCAAACUGCAAGAGACACUGUGUAUUUGAAAGGAUUCUCUUUUCCUUUGUAAUUUGGGACUGAAAUUAUCACAGAGACUUGAUGGAAAAUUUCGACAAAGAACUUGCAGGAAGAAAGAAGCAACACACAUUAAAAAACAAACUACUGUCCUUUGUGAUUUGAAGAGCCUGUUGCCUUGAAAUUUUGUCAGGAUGACAGACUCGGAGGUGGCUGAUCACAUGACUCGACUCAAACUCAAACUCCUUGAGAAGGUAAGGUAAUUUUUCUAAGGUCAUCUAGGUUAUAACUUCCAACACAAUUGUUUUUGCAAAUUAGCUCUAAAUUGGUAGUGGGCAAAGCAAAAAUAUCCAAAGCGGGAUUUUUAACUAGUUAACUCUUCUGCCCUGUAUCCAUCCAUGCUGAUCAGCAAAGGAGUUUACAAACCCAGCACCCUGACAGCUAAUAUGUGAUGUCCAGGCUACCCCUGUGUGUGUAUCUGAAGAAGUGUGCAGGUCUCUAAGGUGCCACUGGACAAUUUUUUAAUAUAUUUUGACAGUCUACCCUUAUUCAUGAUGCAUCAACUUCCCAACUUUCUAAUAUCAAAGUUAAUAUCUGCCUAGUUGAACAUACUAACCUUCAUUGGUUAUAUUUAGAUUUGCUUAUGUUUUGAAAUAGCUAUUCUUAGCUAUUUCCCCUCCCACAUUUCCUUCAUUCUCAAAGCCUUUUCUAUGUUAAACUUACUAAAACCAUGUUCACCCACUCAUCCUCCCAGACCUACCUAAUUUCUGGCCUAACACAAUCCCACAAGUUACUCAAGAAUUCCCCCUAUAUACGCCACAGAAAAGAGCCAGGGUAGUCUAGUGCUGAGCUUUCCAAACUGUGUGUUGCGACCCGUUAGUGUGUAAGGGGUUGGUUUAACCUCUGGUUUGCUAGUGAAACUGAAUUACUAUGUUGUGAAAUGAUGCAUGUCAAAAUCCACCAUGAAAAGUUGGGAGAGCUCUGCUCUAGUGGACGAAGUGCUGGAAUAGGAUAGGACCACAGAGAUCAGGCUUCAAAUCCCUGCGCAGCCAUAAAGCUCAGUGGAUGACCAAGAUGGGCCAGUCAUUUUCUCUCUCUCCACCUCACCCACCUGAGAGGGUUGUGAGGAUCAAGCAGGCAGGAGGAGAACCAGGUAUGCCACCUGGAGCUCCCGGGAGGAAAAGUGAGAUCUAAAUGUAUUUUUACAAACAAUUUUGUUUUUUUUACAAUCCAGGAGUAUAAAAAUUGUAUGAAAUAAUAGAAAAUAAAUUAUAAAUACAUUUAUAUCCCACCUUUUCUCUACAGAGCUCCCCCUCUCCAUUUUAUUAUCACAACAACCCUGUGAAGUAGGUUAGGCAGUGACUGGCCCACAGUUCCCCAUUGGGGAUUUGAACCUGGUCUCCGGGGUCCUACGCCAGCACUCUAACCACUCUAAUCAACUUAAAUCCUAAGAAGGAAUGCAAGCACACUGGAAAGAAUGGUCUUAGGACAAGAAGGAGCUAGAGGAGAGGGGUUCUGGUGAAAACAUUCUUUAAGUACUAAGUAUGACUCAACAGGGGACGCGGGUGAGGCUGUGGUGUAAACCACUGAGCCUUGGCUUACCGAUCGGAAGGUUGGGGGUUCGAAUCCCCAUGAUGGGGUGAGCUUCCGUUGUUCGGUCCCAGCUUCUGCCAACCUAGCAGGUCGAAAGCACGUCAAAGUGCAAGUAGAUAAAUAGGUACCACUCCGGCGGGAAGGUAAAUGGUGUUUCUGCGUGCUGCUCUGGUUUUGCCAGAAGCAGCUUAGUCAUGCUGGCCACAUGACCUGGAAAAACUGCAGACAAAUGUCGGCUCCCUUGACCAGUAAAGCAAGAUGAGCACCGCACCCCCAGAGUCAUUCACAACUGGACUUAACCGUCAGGGGUCCUUUACUGUUACCUUUUUAUGACUCAACAUAAACUAGUGCUAACAACUCCCACUUUCACAGCACACAGAUUGCACAUAUCUUUGUAGGUUUUGUGAUGUUCAAUUACUUGUUGACAGUCAAAGCUGAGGUUCUGAAUUUUUUGUUAAUCCUCAUUCUGCUUUGAUCCACAGAAACUAGAAAAUGAACGCGAAAACAUUGAUGAUUUGGAAUCUUCCUUUUCUGCAGCAAGUAAGCAGUUAAAGCUCAUUCAUAUCUCCGUAUGAAUCAGUUUGUAAUGUUGGUUUGAGGGAAAAUGCAUUAAACAGGAUUUCUCAACAUUUACUAUCGGAUAGAUGUGGAUUGUGGCAAACUUUCUCUGCAUUCCAUCCUCUACAGAUCCAUAGGCCUAUGGGACUUCUGAUGGUGAGGAAGGCAAUGAAAACCCACCCUAUAUUAUCAUUAUUUAUUAGAUUAGUUACCUUCACCAUGUGGUCCCAGGACAUGUUAGAACAACUUUAAAAUACAAUACUAAAAAGAGUUAAAACAUAAGAGAAUAGGGUGGGUUCCAAAGCACACAUCCUGGGUGUCAAAACUAGGCUUAAGAGGCAUAUGACAAAAACGACACAAUGAAGGUGCCAGACACCCCUUUGUGGGUAGAGAAUUCCAGAACAGAGGUCCUUUCCCAGGCUGCUUCUUCCCAAAUUUCUGAGGGUGGUGGAAAUCCUGGAAGGGUCUGUAGGGAAGGAUAUUUGGGGCCUGAAUCAUUUAGGGCUUUAAAUACUAGUGUGAGUGCCUUGAAUUGGAUCCAUAAAUGAAGCACCAACUAAAUGCCUUCUUCCCCCUCCUUUAUCUAUCCCCCUUUCCUUUGUUUUGUAAAUUACUGAAAAAUUGUAAAACUAAAGGAGAUGGCAGACUCUUUCCAACUGUUUUUGCAGGGAAUUACGGCAGCCAUGGCAAUGCAUUGCAAAGUGCAUUGAGACGAAGAAAGGAUCUUCUGCAGCAGCUCAGGGUAUGUUUCAAGCAGGGGGUUGGACUAGAUGACCCUCAGGGUCCCUUCCAUCUGUACAAUUCUACAUUUCUAUGAUUCAGUACUAUGAAGUUUCUUCCAACACAUGAAGGCUGCAGUCCUGCAGUCCUAAAUUAGAGUACCUGAGAAUAACUGCUAUAGACUUACUUCUGAGGAGACACAUAUAUAUAAGGUCAGAUUGUUAAACUCUUGGAAGUCUCUAAGGAUGCUGUUAAGAGUUUUCUUUGGAGGGAAAAAUUCUUGGAUCCAGCAUGGAAUAGGCAGACCAGCCUGGUAAUAGCUGGCUAAAGAUGGGUCCUUAAGGAAACAAAGGAGUAGCUCUGUGCUGGGGAGGGGAGAAGAGAAGGGGGGCCUCCCUCCCAAACUGUCUGUUAGUUAGAAAGACAAAAGGCCAGAGUUGGGAGUCUGCUGUUGAGUGAGCUAGGAGCUAGAUGCAAAAACGUUGCUGGUUGGAAAAGGCAGAGAGAAAGCCGUAGCUGAAUUCUGCUUGAAUCCAAGGCUGUGGCUAUGGGAGAAACAAGACCUUCUUGGGGUGUCAAUGCUGUGAACCCAUCCACCAUAGGCUCAGGUUGUAUAUAUGUGUAAAUAAAAAAUAAGGACACCGCCGUCUCCACUGUGCCGUAUUCCCAAAAGGAAACAUGAAUCCUGUGCGAGUGCCUGGAACCCCUGGAAUCUCUCACUACUUGGAGGCUGGGGUGGCAGACAACAUGUUACCCCACAGUCUGGGCAAAGCACAUAGCUGUACAGCAGUUCAACUUAACUAAAACUUAUGUGGUUCAAGUCAGCUUCGUCUCCUUCUGCUACUGCCUCCCAUGGAUUGGCCGGAUGCAGAGGAGUGGUGGGAGGAGUGGAUGGGACCCCCAAGGGAAGAAGGCUCAGAGCCAGGGGACUGGUGGUGGGAUGAGGGAGAAGACUGGGAGGAGGAGGUGGUGUAAGCUGAAGAGGCAACAGGGUUUAGUGAGCAGGAAGAAGUUGUGGCAGAGAGCAGCCCAGAAUCAGAGGCAGAGGAGGAGGCUGGGGGGUGGGGGCAAGAGGCAGAGAUCAGGCAGGCUGCUGAAGAAGCCAGAGGUCUCCCCCUCCUGCAGUGAUUAGUUCCCCUCCUCCCUGGUCUCCCAGAACCCACAGAGGUAUGAAGAGGACAGAGCAAAGACAGACAAGACAGAGAGGUUGCUUCGGAAGGACGCAGGGGAGGAGGAAUCUUAGGGAGCUGUGGGAAGACGGGGAUGUUCAGUCCUCACUGGGGCAAGAUCUACUGGCGAGAGUUACUGGGCUUACUGGACCUGAGCUAUGUUGUUUCUUUGAAUAAGUUAGUUUUGCUUUUCACAUUUGGCUUAUGUUAAAUCCAUUGGGCUUCUCAUUCUUGAUGGCAUUCCAUGGACUGGGUGAAAUCUCAGUGGUUUGCGUCUCCCAGUAGACACAAAUAUUGUUGGCCCACCUUGCUGUCAUUGCUCCUAUCAAAUCCAGAAUCUCUCAUACCAGCUUUAAUGUUUAAUGGAAUUGGGAAGUGCAGUCACUGGUCUCCUAUGUCAUUAAAAAUUUAAAUAUUUUUAGUAAAUAGUCAAAUCUUUCAUUUCUCACUGGUACACUUGGCAUAACAAGGUUUGUGAAUUAGAAAAAAAUGCAACAUAACUCAUUUUUCCUCUUAUAGAAAGCUUAUAUAUUUGGUAUUGUAGGAGCAAAAUGUCCUGGAAGAGUUAUCAUUACCACGUGGCUUGCCAAGACUCCAGAGGAAGCACUUCAGACCAGAACCAGAACAUUUCUACCAAAUUCCUCCUCCGCUUCCUCCUCCUCCUCCACCUGAACAGCCAAGGAUUAUCCAGCAGACAGUGAGUGCCUUAUUAUAAAAAAGAACUAUACAGUUUGGAACUGCAAAUGAUGGAUGCAUAGAUGAAUGAUGUAUUUUUUCAUUAACAGAAACCUGACGGUGGAUAAUCCUGUCUAAAUUCCUGGCCCGAAUUUCCUGGUGUUGAUCAUUCCUAUUAACAGAUGAAAGCUCCAGCACUGUGCGUGUGAAAGCAUACUUGCACAGGUGUAAUAAUGGAGAUUUUGCACAUGAAAGAUUUAGAUCAACUUUGUUUGAUUCAAAACUAAUAUAUAAAUGUAAAACUUAGAAUUGGCUUGGGAAAUCUAUAGCAGAGUAUUUUUAAAAAACUUUUCGCUUUCAGAUUAUCUAACAUAGUGUCAGGGACUAUGCUGAGGAGGAAUGGUGGGAACCUCCCCCUGCUUCUGAUCAGGAUCCUGAAUCUUCCCAGGAGUAGGAGGACAGUACAGUAGUACCUCGGGUUACCAGACAUAGAAGAAACUGUAAAAAAUAAUAAUCCUUGAUUAGUCCAAUAAUGAACUGAACACAAAAUAUGUAUCAGUUUACAGUAUUUGCUGCCUAGUGUAUUGAGUACUGACAGGAUUUAAUCAAAGUCUGGGAUUUUGGCUACACUUUGAUCAGUUAUUAUUUUGUUUUUGCUUCCUUUCUUUUCCAAGUUGCCUCAGCAGCCAGCAACCAUUAUUCAGCAAAUUCCUCAGCAUCCACCGCUCAUUACCCAGAUUCCACCUCCGCAGCCUUUCCCAGGCCCUCGCUCUGGCAGUAUUAAGGAAGGUGGGCAAUCCCAUAUGAAUUGAAAAUGGGGGAACUUUUUCUGGGUGCAUUGAAAACAGGGGGACUUUUUCUGGGUAGAUGUAGGUUAAAUGUGCAGAGAAUGACAGAACAUCUUACAACUCUGUGCAUACUUAGGAUUAAGAUCCACUGAAUUAAGUGAGAUUUACAUUUGAGUAAAGAGUCAUGGAAACAGGCUGUGAGGCCCUUUUCAGAUUUGCCUAGCAUUUUUUCCAUCUCACAUCAUCCCUCCUGCGUGUACAGCAUAGCAUGGAGAGAUGCCUGCGUGAACCAAGGUGUGCCUCGCUACAAACUGCAGCAAGCUGGCAGCUCACAUAGAACCAAACUUAUUUCUGAGUUUAUUUAACUGCACCACAUUUUCAGAGAGUUAUAGUAUAAUGGAGAUGUAAACUAUGCUGAAUGCUUCCAUGCAAGGAAAGCAGAGAGUGAACCCUUGAAGUAUGUAGGAAAGUCAAAUCAUAGUAAGGGGAGAGCCAGGAUCUCUUCCUGUCUUUCUUUGGGUACCCCUAUGACGCAGGAUGCGGGUGAUGCUGUGGUCUAAACCACUGAGCCCCUUGGGCUUGCCAGUUGGGAGGUUGGCGGUUCGAAUCUGUGUGAUGGUGUGAGCUUCCAUUGCUGUGUCCCAGUUUCUGCCAACCUAGCAGUUCGAAAGCAUACCAGUGCAAGUAGAUAAAUAGGUACUGCUGCAGCGGGUAGGUAAACAGCAUUGCCAUGCACUCUGACUUCUGUCACAGGGUCCCAUUGUGCCAGAAGCAGUUUAGUCAUGCUGGCCACAUGACCCGGAAAGCUGUCUGUGGACAAAUGCCAGCUCCCUUGGCCUGAAGCAAGACUAGCCCUGCACCCCAUAGUCGUCUUUGACUGGACUUAACCAUCCAGGGGUCCUUUACCUUCUACCUUUUACCCCUAAUGAGCAGAAAGACAUUGAUGGCUAGUCCCUUUCCUCUUCUGCCAAUUACUCCAUCUCCAUUUUAGGAACGUACUUCCAGGGCCAAACCAGGUGUGACACAGCAGAUAUUUGAAGGAACUCCCAACUUUGGAAAAAACUUUGUGCAACUGGUGGGGCAGUCUGAAUUUUAUUGGACUAGAAGGGAUGGGCUGCCUUCAGAAUUAUCCAUCCUAGCUUCUUUCCUAUGUAUGGAAGUUCAGAAAAUUGGAUAUUUGGGGUGUUUCCCAUGAGGACAGAAAAGAUCAGGAGAUGCUUCAUCGAUUUUCAGCAUCACAUAUAGAUUGACACUUCAGUUACAAGAUAAUACAGUUAAAGCUCUUCGCCUCUGUUUUCCUGCAUACAGAAGGACUGGUCUUGCCACCAGUGUUUUUUUCCUGGGGAUACACAAAGGUAUACAGUACUGGUACCUUUUUUUAAAAAAAAAGUUAAAGGUGUGGCACUUACUGUAACAACUUCAUGGUGAGUACUGGCACCUUUUUUCUUAAAAAAAGAAAAAGAAAAAGCACUGCUUGCCACACAUUUGCAUAUACACUGGGUGCAUUAUUCCAACCUCUGGCAGACCUGUUGUCUACAACUACACAGUAUGUGCCAUUCCACAGAUAGAAGGAAUUCUAGAGGCAUCUUUAUUUCUUCCUUCCUGUUUACUAGUUUGCAAAUAAUCACUCCAAGUUACUUAUAUUGCUGAUCUUUCAUAGUUUAGAAUACAAAGGAAACAGACAGAGCCGCUGCUGGGCUGGUUUUAUUCAAAGGCUUCUGAGCUGAAAAGAUGCAGGCUGCUUCUCCCUAGCAUUCUGUUGUGAUCUCUGUAGUAAGCAGUGUUGUCUCUUGAUCCUGAUCUUCAUGUUUUCCUAGAUAUGGUGGAAAUGAUGCUGAUGCAAAAUGCACAGAUGCAUCAGAUUGUUAUGCAGAACAUGAUGUUGAAAUCUCUGCCACCACCUGCUUAUUCACCAGCUGGUGGGCAUGGAGUUCCUGUGCUUCACCAUGGACAACAGGUAAACUUGUUUUUAAAGGACACUGAAUGUUAACCGAUUGCCAAGGCGGGAGUCAGGAGAAGAUCAGCAAUAACUCACAAAUUCAGAGAAACAAAACAGCUCAGGGCCAAUGAGCAGAACAAUUGGUGGUGGUGGUGGGGAUAACAAAUAAAAAAGUGUACAUUAGAAAAGAGAGCUUAUGAGCUCCACAGAAGCUCUUCCUCCCCUCCAUGCCAUGCAGCUUGUAAUUGUUACUUAAAUAAUGUUAACAAUCUGGAAAGUGUGCAGAGGAGGGUGACCAAGAGAACAAGGGUGUGGGAAACAAGCCUUGUGAGGAACAGUUGGGGGAGUUGGGCUUGUUCAGCCUGGAAAAGAGGAGACUGAGUCAAAUUAUUUGAAGCCAAGCCAAUAGCACAACUUUUCUAUGGUGCCCAGUUGGUCCCUUUUCCAAUUUUGCACCACUAGAACUUGUACAAUCCAAAUUUCUAAGGUUAGUCCUUCAUGUUCCAAAAUGUGUCUCUAAUGCUACUCUAAGACUACAGACAGGCUUCACAAAAGUGGAGGCUAGAGUGUGGGUGACCAUAUUCAAUUACUGGCUUAAACUACCUUUCUUUCCCCGUGGCCUUGCCCCACUAACUAUUUAGUUGCAGUGGCAACUAAAAUCUCAUCCCUGGGCUUCUCUCCAGGUCUUCCACUUAACAUGGGAUAUGAUCAGGCUAAAGCACUCAUUAAACAACACAUAGAGGACACAGAGCAACAAUUGGAUCUAGCCAGGACUCCAACUUUUAUUGCCAAGGAAUCCACCAGGUACUUUGCCCCCCUAUGGCAUAUCUAACUAAACUCAAAGUUCCUAAACACCGAAGGGUUUUUCCCCUGGCUCUGUGUCAUGCCCUCCCCUCUGCCUUUAUUGAAGGUCAGUACAGGAAGAUUGACUACCGGGAGAGACAAUGCCCCUGUGACUCGGGACAAAUAGAAAUGGUAGAGCAUGUCCUUCUCUGGUGCCUGUACUACAGAGACACUCGUAUUAGCCUGAUUUCCCACUACUUCAUAAGCACCAGGGGCAAUUCUAUACCUCCCUGCUGCUCUCAGAUAUCAAUCCUGCUACAACACACACUGUUGCUAGAUUCUGCACAGCAGUGCUCAAAAUUUAAUGAACAUAUCAGAGUACUUUGUAAAUUAAUAGUUAAAGUCUUUUUAUAUAUCAACCUUUUAUGCUCUUCCACACCCGCCCAUUGGCUUCUUCUAGCUUCUGUUAAAUUCUUAUAGACUUUUAUAUUCACCUUCUGUUUUAAUACCUUUUAGCUUGCCGAUCAGAAGGUCGGCGGUUUGAAUCCCUGCGACGGGGUGAGCUCCCAUUGCUCAGCCCCUGCUCCUGCCAACCUAGCAGUUCGAAAGCACGUCAAAGUGCAAGGAGAUAAAUAGGUACCGCUCCGGCGGGAAGGUAAACAGCAUUUCCAUGUGCUGCUCUGGUUCGCCAGAAGUGGCUUAGUCAUGCUGGUCACAUGACCCGGAAGCUGUACGCCGGCUCCCUCGGCCAGUAAAGUGAGAUGAGCGCAGCAACCCCAGAGCCGUCCGUGACUGGACCUAACGGUCAGGCGUCCCUUUACCUUUACCUUUACGACCGUAAUAAAGAUUUGUAUUGAGGAGACUUAGAGGUGAUAGGAUAACCAUCUUAAAAUAUUUAAAGAGCUGUCACAUGGAAGAUGGAGCAAGUUUGUUUUCUUUUGCUCUGGAGGCUAGGACUCAAAGCAAUGGCUUCAAGUUCCAAGAAAUGAGAUUCUGACUAAAUAACUUUCUGAUAGUAAGAGCUGUUUGACAGUGGAACAGUCUCUCUUGGAAGGUAGUGGAUUUUCCUUCCUUGGAGGUUUUGAAGCAGAGGUUGAAUGGCCAUCUGUCAUGUAUGAUGUAGUUGAGAUUCCUUCAUUGCAGGGGGUUGGACUAGAUGGCCCUUGGGUUUCCUUCCAACGCUACAAUUGUAUGAAAUUUGGAAGACAUCAUGAUUUUAUUACCAAAUCCAGACUAAAACCAGAUUGAAAUGGAUCUAGAUAAUCCAUCUCAUUCAGAAACUCCUGGAGCUGAGAUGCUAAUGUUUAGUAGGGAGGGACCACUGGCUAUGCCAAGGAGGUGCUUUGUGUCUCUUUGAGAGAGGCAUGAACAUAUAGCACCAGCUCUGACCUGGCAGCACUGGCUGUCAAUUGUUUAUAUCAGGGGUUGUCAACCUGGUCCCUCCUGCCCACUGGUGGGCGUUUCAGGAUUCUAGGUGGGCGGUAGGGGGUUCUACACACAAGCUGAAUCCUCCUUUCAUUGAGGUGGGUGGUAAGGAAAUUUUACCAUCAAGAAAGAUGCAUUGGUGGGCAGUAGGUAUAAAAAGGUUGAGUACCCCUGGUUUAUAUACUGAAUUCAAAGGGAUGGUUUUGACCUUUAAAGCCUUAUGCAGCUCAUGACUUGACACAUAAAGGACCACCUUUACCCAUAUGAACCUGCCCAGAUCCUGAGAUCAUUCUCUGAGACCCUUCUCUGCAUGCCACCUCCAAGAAAAGGUCCAGAAGUUUGUGAUGAAAGGAGCGGCUUUUUAUGUAGUAGCCUCCCCAUCUAUGGAAUGCUAUUCCCAGGGAGACCCACCCUGCAUCAUCAACAUUGUCAUCAUUUUGGUACUAGCUAGGCAAAGACUUUUGUUUUCCUGGGCAUUUGACCAGAGAUUAGUAGAGCAGCCACGCUAAUCUCUAAAGCAGGAGGGGAAAACAUUUUUGGCUCUGCAGGCCAAAUUCUUCUCAGAUCCCAGCCUUGCAGGCCAAGUAUGCCCCUUGCACGGUGCUUUAAAUCACCUGGGCUUCAGACUGCUCAUCUGUUUGGUAGCACUGAGUUUGCUUUCUGUAGGCACUUGCUGUGUGAGUCAAUUCUCCAUGGGGAAACUCCAGGAAACUUUGGCUUUACUACCCAUCAGCUGAUAGGCAAUAGAGCCGAAUCCUGCUUUCCCUUCCAAUGCGGAGUUGGGAGUGCACUUUAAGGCUCCCAGUUGUGCACUGGCAGCUUCAUCCCUCCUUCCCUCACAUCUAAGGUGUGGGGCAGGUGGGCGUGGUUUGGGGGAAACUGCCUCACAGGUCAAAGUUGAACCCCUGGCAGGCUAGGUUUGGCACACAUGCUGGAGGUUCCCCAUCCCUCCUCUAAUGUGUUCAACAUGCUCUGCUCCCUUGCCAAUCCAAGCAUGGAAGAAAAGACAAGCAAGUUGUGUUUUACUGAAACAGGCAGAAAUUAGCUACCAACCGUUUGGAAAACAUUUCUUACUAUGCAGAAGCAUUGAUUUUACUAAGAUCUUUGAUCCAAAAAAAUAAAACACGUGAAAGAGGAAUAUACUGCAUACCUUGCAACGAGAAAGGUUAUAAUUUUACUUGACAUUUCUUGCAGAGGAAACAGGCCAGUGGUUUAUUGAAAUUGUUUGUGGGGCUAAAACAUAGAGGGAUCUUAAGCCAAAAAGCUACAAACUGGAUCAGCUUCAGAAUCUGAACCUUAUUCUUGCCUGUCCCAACCGCUGGGUGAAUGUAACACACCUUCCUUUUCUUAACUACCUGCAGCUGACUGCUCCGCUUCUAGUAAGAACAGAGAAGUCACGACCCCCAACAGUGCAUCACCACCACUACACACCUCCAGGGAUGCCAGCCAUCCCAUCUCAGCUUGGCUUUUCCUUGGGCCCUUCUGUGAUACAACCUGGCCUUGGCACACCACUGGGAGGAUUCCCAUCUAAUUUACAUCACCUGCCCAUCCCAACAUCUGCAGCGUAUGAGUAAGUCAAUAUAUGUAAGUCAACAGGCUGCUACUCUAAGAACAUGGUUUCAUCAGAAAGGUGCUGGUUUCUUACAGUAUUCCCAAUUCAGUUUUAUUUCAAUAUUGUUACUGGCUGUAACAGAGGCACAAAAAUAGAGCAGUACCUCGGUUUUCGAAUGUAAUCCAUUCCUGGAAGACCGUUCAAGAUCUGAAACGUUUGAAAACUGAAAACUCAAUAGCUGACAGCUAGCUCUCAGGAUCUUGCACUCAGCGGAAGCCGUGUGGUAUGUUCGACUUCCGAGGCGUGUUUGAAAACUGAAGCACUUACUUUGGUUUACAGAGUUCAAAAACCAAAAUGUUCAUCAACAGAGACUUUUGAAAACUGAGGUACUACUGUACAAUACCUAACAUUAUUUUGAGAACUAAGAAAGUAAUUCAGGCUACUUUGGCUCAAUUGUCAAGGCAGGCACCAGGUCUCAUACGAGCUCCCAGCCCUCUGCAAACUCAUAUAUAGGAUGCUGCAGUUUUUAAGUGUCAUACAAAUGCCUUCUAAAUGAUAAAGCAAGGGUGCAUGUAUAAAUUAAUUCCUUGCAAUGAAUGCAUAUUUCUAAUGGCUUGUUCUGUCUUCCAAGUGUACCUACCAAUGGACUGCUUGGAUUACCCCCGGGUUUGUAGACUUCUACAGUGCCUGACUAGCAAAGGUAACCAGAACACAGUCUUCCUGUGUCCAUAUUUGGUCCUUCUCUCCAUGUGAAAUUGGCCUCGUAGUCCAGGAGCCCACGUCAUAAUAAGUCUUAAGAUGAUUAAAGUUAUGGCGUUUCUAAAGCAGCCAGCUUUAUGAGGCAUCUAGUGGGUGGCAAGCAGCCCACCCCUUUCUUGGGAAGAUAAUUAAAUCAGAAGGUAAAUGAGUGAAAGAAACUGUAUGUGUUCAGGGAUAGUGUGCAUAAUUCAGAACUGUCCAAACUGACUGACAUUGUUUGGGAUCAUCUUUCUGUCCCCACCAGAAGGGGGUACUUGGCUGUUUCACUGGCAGUAAAUGGCUGAAACUGGCAGUUCUAGGUAGAGAUCUCCUUCCUGCAUCUUAAACUAUCUACUCCAGAGAUGCUUUAGCUGCCCACAUCCUCACCUUAAUCCCCACCAGCAAUGGGGUCCAGUUCUGGGUACGACUUCAGAUGACAGUUCAACCGACACAUCACUCAAUAUGCUUUCACUUCACUUCUCUCUUCACUAUUAACUAUUCCUGAUCCAAUCUUUUAGCUUUUCAGAAAUAAGGUCAUUGUUUACAUUUUUAAUAAAGAUUUCAGAGCUGGCUGAAAACUCAACCGGCCUGUAAUUUCCCACAGAGUUAAACAUCUUGCCUCAGGGUUAUUCAUGGGUGAAUAACAGUGAAUCAAUGAAAGAGAAGUUAAAAAUAAUAAAACAUUUCAGUAGCACUGUUGUAAAAAUACGAAGGGAGGUUUGAGACCCCUUGUGGGUCUAUUGCGGUUGGAAAGAGGGGGUUGAUUGUAACCAAGCAAAGUGAAGCAAGGCAGCUUUAAGCUCUGAUCUUUUAUUCUUAGUUGCAACUGGGUCCUUACAGAUGAGCAGCAAAGAACCCUGUCGAAAGGUGAGCAGGGAGCCUUCUAGCUUAGGUUUUUGGGCAGCAUAAGGUGUCAUAGAUUCGUCAUAUUACACAUGAAAUGAGGUGCUGCAAAAGGUACACAGGUGCAAGGUAAAGAUGCAGCGUGCAAAUACAUUUACAUUUGACAGGCAUGACAAUCAGGAAGAGGGUUUUCGCUGGAGUUGAUAGAAGGAUUCUAGAAAUAACAAUAGAAUUGAAGACUGGUGUGAGUGACAGACAGCAGAGCCAGACCAGUCCGGUGGUGCUUUUCCUCAGAAACUCCACCAGAAGGCGGGAGCCUCUUCCCCAUUGGAUACCUAGACAGCAAGCCAGAGGGGAGGGGGUGGAGCCAGCACUUUCGGGGAGAGAAGCUGUUUCUGAGGGAGAUAAGUCCGUUAGGGCUGGAUUUGGGAUGGGAGAAAGGGAUUAGGAGAGGAUUUGUCCGAGGGAGAACUGUUUCAGAUCUGACUGGAACAUCUGCUCUGAGGAGACUAUCCAUAGCCAAAGGAAGGAGUCUUGCCGCUUAGAUAGGGAGACUGAGUUGAGGGUCUGGGGAAGAUAGACAGGAGUUACCUGGAAGGCUGAGUCUGAGGCAGGAAAGGGAGAAGAUGUGGUAAUAUGGACUCCCUGGGUCCCAUUCCAGUCAGGAGGGGAGGGUUCUUCUAGAAAGAGAAGACUCCCAAGCCAGUCACAAGGGGUGAGGGGAUCCCCUGGGUCUGCUUUACUAAUUCAAAUACCUCAGGAGUGGGAUUGUUAAGAAAGAGGGGAACUGAGGAAAAGUGCCCCUCACUUGUGAACCAAAGAAUUAAUCUGUGAAGGAAGUUGUGCUGUGCAAAAAUUACUUAAUUUUACAGUGGUACCUCUGAAUUGCGAACGGGAUCCAUUCCGGAGCCCCGUUCGCAUCCUCAAGCGAACUUAACACGCGUCUGCGCGUUGUGAUUCACCGCUUCUGCGCACGUGCAUGACACAUUUUGAGCGUCUGCGCAUGCGUGAGCGGCGAAACCCAGAAGUAACUGUUACUUCCUGGUUGCCACGGAGUGCAACCUGAAAAUGCUUAACUUGAAGCGUAUUCAUCCCGAGGUAUGACUGUAACACCAGUAACAACUAAUUAGCAGAAACUUAGUUAAGCCUUUUACCACCUAUUCUAGAAGCAAGUGACAUCUUUAUAUUUAGUUUAAGGUAACUUCUACUUGAAAGAAUGCAUUUCCUGAACCAACUUUAUUUCACAAACUCCUUUUUAAUAAAACUUUUCUUGUUUGUUUAACCAACUCCUGCCUAAGACUCUAAUCCCUACGUUUUCCCUCACAAAAGACACCCCCACAAGAUGAACUGUGGUAAAAGGUAGAAAUUCCUUUAAGGGGCUUACCAUGAGGUGUGCAUGCAAUAUUUAAUUGGGGCAGUAAGCAGGGUGAGUCUGCUGCUUUAUUAAUUGGUGGUAAGUGGUGGAUCUGCUACAACUGGCAUUCAGAUGUGUGGUGAGAACUAUUUAGCAAGGAGUCUUUUCUUUACAGCAUGAAAUGAGAUUAAGAGUGCGGUGAACCCCUUCUUGGAAGGCAAGUGGACAACAAUCUUGUGACCCGAAAUAAGGAAGGAAUGCAGUAAAUGAAGAUUACAUUGGGCAAUGUUUGCUUAAGGGAAGAGUUGUAUCCAUUUACAGUUUGCUUCAAUAAAGUUUUAGCAUCUUUGAUACACAG